AUAAAAUUUGGCAUAGAAAUACAUCAAGAAAUCAAACUCGUCCAUAUUAUUCACCUAUAACAAAUGUUAUCGCAUACAUCAUCACAAGAAGAAAUACCCUAUGAGAUAUUCAUUUUAUUUUAAACCCUAUUAUUCGUGAAAGUAUCGAAUACAAACAGAAAUAAUGAAUAUAAAAGUAUCAUUGAAACAAUUCAAAUUAGAUUAAGAACAAUCUUCGAAACUUUAUGAAAUAAUGACUAGUAGCCAUGAGAGGGAGGAGGAGGUGAUUUAUAAUAGUAACUUGGAGGAGGAGGAGAUGAUGGAGGAGGUGGAGACUGGUAGAUGUACGGCGGAGGGGGGGAGGGAGAAGGAGGAGGCGGAGACUUGUAGUAAUAUGGAGGAGGUGGAGAUGAGGAUGGGGGUGGUGGAGAUUUGUACACAUAUGGUGGAGGAGGUGGGGGCGACUUGUACAUGUAUGGUGGAGGUGAUGAAGGAGAUGGUGGAGGUGGAGACUUGUAGUAAUACGGGGGCGGUGGUGAUGGAGAUGGUGGAGGAGGUGAUUUGUACACAUAUGGUGGAGGUGGCGAUGGAGAAGGAGGAGGUGGAGACUUAUAGUAAUAUGCAGGUGGAGACUUGUAAUAUGGAGGUGGUGGUGAAUGAGAGGAGGAGGAGGCGAUUUGUACGCAUAUGUGGAGGUGGUGAUGGAGAUGGAGGAGGUGGUGACUUAUAG